AUGGCGUUGAGUCCAGGUGGAUUGGCAGGCAUUAUCCUCUUCAUUAUUCUGCUUCAUGUGGGAGUAUUGGUGUCACUUUACUUCUAUGUUUUGAAGAAUCCAAGCAAAGCAAAUAGGUUCACUGUUGAUGACAGAUUUCAUGCAAAUUUCAGAUGGGCUAUAUUGGGUCUCAUUUCGCUAUCAUGGAUCUUUUCGGUGGCGGCAACUUCGGCCUGUACCUUUUUGAACAUCAACAUUCGCGGACAAGAUGCUUGGGUCGGACUGAAUGCCUACGAGCACCCCGUAGACGGAUGCACUCGUUUUACGUCCGUUCAAAAUCGCAACAAUCCCGCCUUUACCUUUGCUGUGUUCAAUUGUGUUUUGACAUCCAUUGGAAUCAUUGGGAUGGUCUUGAUGCAAUUUGUCCUGACGGUUGGACGCCAGCCAAUGUGGUUAUGGCUUCGCAUUUUCAUGUACAUUUCACUAUGGUGCUGCAUGUUUACCUUUUACAUUCAAGAAACAGACACCUGCGAUGUCUAUGAAUGUUCGUUGGGAGGUGCGGGUAUCGCACAGGCAUUCAAUGUCAUUUGGUUGGUCGUGGCUUGUGUUCUAAUGUUCGUAACGCCACAUGGAGAUGACACUGGUAUCCACACGGCUCAAAAGCAACAGGCGUUGAUGGAUGAUGAUCUGAAUCUUGAGCAAAAUCAUAAUUCAAAAACCGUGGACAUGACCGGAGCCGUAUCACCGUCAGGAGGAGGAGGAGGGCCGCAAGAAUUGGAGACGGAGACACACCUACCAGAUGGUUCUGUCGAGCGGAAAGUCGAAACAACAAACCCUGAUGGUUCCAAGACGGUGACAACUACAAUCGAACAUCGCGAUGGUGGCAAAGACGAUGACAACGACAAUGACAAUGGCGACGAUGACGACGAUGAUGAUGAUGACGACAAUGAACAUCCUACUGAUGGCGCAGUGUAA